GGGCCGAAAGGGGGCGAACGAGACUGUGGGACAAGGGGAGCCAGCGACUGCGGUGUGCUCGCUCCCGCAACAAAUCCCCAACUCACAAGCGAGCAGAGGAAACAAAGAGCCGAGGAUCCGGAGGCGGAGCCACCCAAGCGAAGCGAGCGAUGUCCGCGUCCGCGCCCUCCCCUCCCGCCGGCGCGGCCGCGCCCCCGCCCGGGUCGUUCUACUGCCACGUGUGCGAGGCCACCGUCUCGCUGCCCGCGCCGCCCUCCCCGCCGCUCCUCCUCUGCCCGCGCUGCAGCGGCGACUUCCUCGAGGAGAACCCUAGCCCCCUCGCGGCCCCGUCCCCUCCCCCGCCGCCGCCGGGCUUCUUCUCCGAUUCCUCCUCCGACCUCUCCGACGACGCCGGCGACAUCGACGACAUCGACCUCGAGAUGGACCCCACCACCGCGCGCGCCUACCUCAGCCGCCUCGUCCACCACCGCCUCUACGACGGGCCCAUCGACGUCGCCGCCGCCGCCGCCGCGGUGUCCGUGCUCCAGCACGGGCACCGCGGAGGGCAGCCGCCCGCGCCGGCCGAGUCCAUCGCCGCGCUGCCCACAGUCGAGGUGCCCGAGCCCGCCGCGGUCUGCGCCAUCUGCAAGGAGGACCUCCCGCUCGCCUCCGCCGCGCGGAAGCUCCCCUGCGCCCACCUCUACCACUCCUGCUGCAUCGUGACGUGGUUGGAGAUGCACAAUUCAUGCCCCGUCUGCCGCUUCCGCCUCCCCUCCUCCGAACCCGAGGUGGCGGCGCCGUCGGAGCAGGAUCCGCCGCCCACGCGGAUCACUAUCCGGUUCACUACCACCAGCCGCCGCCGCGUUCGCACCAACAAUGAUGCGGCAGUUACGGGUCCAGUUUUGGCACCUCCACUCUUGACAGCUCCUAUCUCGGCGUCGCCUACUCAGCUCGCGCAGGCUGUUACCGGGGAAGGAGGUGGUGGACCUGCCAAUAGCGGUGAGACUGUGUCGUCCGAGUGGCCACCACACCCUGAGUCCGAUACAGUCAUGUCAGAGGCUCGCGAAGGGGAUGGCUUUUUUGAUUGAGCCAAAGCUUCGAGUUAUCAGGUGAUAAGGUAGCUAUUGUUAGCUGUCAGACAACAAGAGUAGAAAGAAGGCCGCCAUAUGCCUGGUCCUUCCGGUUGCUACCUUUGCUCAGGCGAGGUUCCUCCGCAAAGUGCCAUUCUUGCUGGAUGAUAGCAUGUUGUUACAUGCUAAAUUAAGUUGUCCUGUGCAGAGACCAAGGGAAUCGGUGCAUUGCUUCUCAGUACCAUGUAUAUUGGUUAAACUUAUUUCUUUCGCAAUAAAUAUGUACAUUUGGCA